AUGUACAACUACAAGAUCAAGAAGGACCACAGUGGCGUCCUUCAACUUGACAAACUCCAUGGCAACACCAACUGGAUGCCUGCCGCCAAAGUCGAGAUAGAUCUGCUUGCAAUGUACAAGGUACUUGUGGAUAUGGGGAGAGGAACCCCAACACCAAAAGAUCACCAAAAGUUCCAAGUGCAACUUGUCAAUGCCCUUAAACAUUGUGACAAAGACAAGCCCAGACUCCUACCUUAUGGUGACUUUACCUAUGUACCGCCAAACAAAACAAAACCCCACUGUCUAUUGACAGACUGA